AUGGAUUGCAUUGACGACAACAAUUUGGACAUUGACCUCGACGUUGCUGAAGCUGGGCUUUACAACCCGAUAGCAUGGCAGCCAGCUGUCCACUUAAGCACAACACGCUUAAUUCUCUUGUCGAUGGGUUUUGUUGGAUUCCGAGCAUGUACUGAUGUGAGGGACAAGGCUUUCCUCCGGAGCCUGCACCUAAAUGACUCGGUCAUCGCACUGAUCUGGCUAGGAGGACCUGUGUGCGGCGCCGUUCUGCAGCCGUACUUUGGCUUGUGCAGUGAGCACUGUCGCUCGUCAUGGGGACGUCGACGUCCCUAUAUCGCCGGAGGUGCUGCAGCCGUUGUUAUAUCUCUGCUCGGUCUCGCGUAUGCAGACGCAGUCGCUUCCCGGUCACCUACGACCACUACUGGAGCUCAGGUUAUGGCCAUCUUUGCCAUGACCAUCCUCAAUGCCGCUAUCCAGCCGCUACAGGGCGGCCUACGUGCACUUCUAGUGGACAUCUCGCCGCCACAUCAGCUGGCAACGGCUAAUGCCUGGGCGAGCCGUCUGACCAGCAUGGCCAACGUCCUUGAUUACCUGGCUGGAUUUCUAGAUCUAAGUGGGCCGUCUUCUCCACUUGGGGACUCGCAAUUUCGGGUGCAUUGCCAGUUCUCGGCCGCUGUGCUCGUUGCCAGCGUCACACUAACUUAUCAGCGCCAGUCUCGGAAACCGGACACGAACAAGUUCAGCAAUAGGUAUCUCGUUGAAGAGGGCACACGCAUGGGAUCCCUUGGAUUACUGCUAUUUUCUGUAACAGCACUGGUCACUGGGUCAAUUCUUCCAAUGGUUCUCUUGAGAGAACAGGAAUCACAUAAAGCCUGCAGCGGGUUAAGAAGGGAGGAAGACGAGGAGCAACCUCUUCAGAAGUCAAUGCGAGAUCCAGACGCUCGCAUCCAGCGCAUCUGGAUGUGGGCACUUGUGCUUUACGUCACAUGUAUCCUCUCGAACAUUAUAGUGACUUCGCUGUGGGGGACCUAUGCUCUUGUCGGUUUCUGUGGCAUCAGCUGGGCCGUCACCAUCUGGGCCCCCUUUUCCUUGAUUAGCAUGGCGAUCCGGGAUAAUGAUACAGAGGAAGAAGAAGAGGAGGCUGGAAAGGAGGACUCUGCAGAUUCUCUUCAUGUCUGUGUCGAAAAUAAGCCCAUCGAACGCCGGCCUGGUAUUGCUAUGGCCUUGCAUAACACGGCAAAUUCUGCUCCGCAGAUCGUGGCCGUUGUGAUUAGCAGUAUCGUAUUCCGUGUGUGCAGUGACAACGACCAUUUUGACGGGAAAGAUGGCGGUAUUGCAUGGUCACUACGCAUCACGGCAUUUUCUGCUGUCGUUGCGGCCAUGAUUGCAAAAAAGGGGUCACAGUAG